AGACGGGGAGACGGGGAGUCAUGUCAUGGGGGCCAUUGGCCAACGACGACGCCUCGGUGGCGACGCAGACGACAGGGUGUCUCGUCUAGAGCGUUCCCUCCAGGGUUGUUUCGUCCAAUAUCGCCUCAAGACGCUCCAGGACGCCGCGGAAGGAUCCCUGGGGGUUUCACGACCCUGGACGCCCAGGAGUUCCCGCAUGGAACCCCAUCUGCCAAUGGAUGGACGGAUCAGCCAGGUCAAGGUCUUGGCCAGACGCCAUGUGGCAGCAGUAGUCGGCCUGUCAGUGCCAAAUCUUCCGAGCUCAAGGUUUGAAUCUGCGCAAAGUGCUUUUUGUCGAUCCGAUCAGCGUUUGUCCGUUGGUUCGAUGGCCCGCCUCCCGCCACACACGCAUGGGCUGCUCGCUGCUCGCUGCUCGCCGCAGAAUCCCACGGCCUUCGGAAAUGAGAGAAGCGCCGACAGUCUGUCACUCCCCCUCAGCACCGCCUGUCGCAGCAUCCGGACCUAGCCGGUGUUUGACUAGUGUCGAGGCUCGGUUACCGCAUCUGCCACAUCCCGGCCUGAUGUGCCUUGGACGGCAUCAUCCCCGUGCCGUGUGGCCCCUCUCGCAUCAUGCCGGAUCUGCUCCGCGUGCGUGCGCACUGGACCGGGUUGUUGGGAUGCUGCUUCGAAGAUGGGGCACGCUGCUUCGAAGAUGGGGCACGCUGCUUCGAAGAUGGGGCACGCUGCUUCCAAGACGGGGCACGC